AUAUUACUUCCGCAUCUAAGAUUAUUGCCGUCGAAAUUUUUAUUUAAUAAAGGUGUAACAGUGAAAUUUAUCCUCUGUUAAUAUUUUAGGUUAAAAUAUCCCCAAAUGGCAGACAAAGCUAUUAUGAAGCAAAUUGCUGAACAAAAACUAAAAGCAUUUUCUAUUGGCACAAUGGGUAAAAGACCAUUAAGUAAAAAAGAAUUAGAAGAACAACGUAAAAAGGAACAAGAACAAGCAGCAGCUCAAGCAUUUGAAGAGUUUGUAGCAACGUUCCAAGAAACACCUAGUAAGACAACAAGUAAAGUUUGGGUGAAAGCCGGUACCUAUGAUGCGGGUAAACGACAGGAAGACACAAGAGAAAAAGGAAAACUAUAUAAACCUCAGUCAAAAAUAUCAGAGCUUGUUGACAGCCGAUCAUCAGCUGAACAGGCACAAGAAUAUGCAAGAUUGCUAGGAUCAAAUGAACGUAAAUUGGAUAGAUUGGGAAAAAAGAAAAAAGAAGGUGAAAAGAAAAAGAGUAACCUUGAAUUAUUUAAAGAAGAAUUAAAAAUGAUCCAGGAAGAGCGAGAAGAAAGACAUAAAUAUAAAGGUGUAGUGAAAACUGUCAUUUCCACUCAGUCAGAAGACCCAAUGAUGGCAGCUUUAAAAUGUGUUGAAGAUGGAUCAUUUGACAAUGGCGAUCCCAAUACAACCAAUUUGUAUCUGGGAAAUUUAAAUCCAAAGAUUACAGAGCAACAGCUAAUGGAAAUAUUUGGCAAAUAUGGACCAUUGGCUAGUAUUAAAAUUAUGUGGCCACGUAGUGAUGAAGAGAAAGCUAGACAAAGAAAUUGUGGAUUUGUUGCUUUUAUGAGCCGCAAAGAUGGAGAACGAGCUUUAAAAAAUCUUAAUGGUCGUGAUAUCAUGCAAUAUGAGAUGAAAUUAGGUUGGGGAAAAAGUGUACCAAUUCCACCUUACCCUAUUUAUAUUCCACCUGCUUUAAUGGAGAUCACUCAACCACCACCUCCAUCUGGUCUUCCAUUUAAUGCUCAACCACAUCGUCGUGACAGACAUAAGGUACCUCGAAUUCGUAAUCUUCAGAGUGCUGAUCCUCAAGAGAAGGAAAACUUCGAAAAGGUUUUGCAGAAUGCAGUUGUCAAAGUGGUUAUUCCAACAGAAAGGAAUCUAGUUAUGUUAAUACAUAGAAUGGUAGAAUUUGUAAUUCGUGAAGGUCCAAUGUUUGAAGCGAUGAUUAUGAAUCGAGAAUUAAAUAACCCAAUGUUUAGGUUUUUAUUUGAAAAUUAUUCUCCUGCGCAUACUUAUUACCGAUGGAAGUUGUAUUCUAUACUACAAGGAGAUGGACAAAAAGAAUGGCAUACUGAAGAUUUUAGAAUGUUUAAAGGGGGAAGUGUGUGGAGACCACCACCAAUCAAUCCAUGGACACAAGGAAUGCCUGAUGAAUUAAUUGAGAUGGAAGAAAGACAAGAACCUAGAAGAGGUAGUUUGUCAAAUAGUCAGCGUGAUCGAUUAGAAGAUUUGUUACGAAACAUAUCACCCGAGAGAAUAAAAGUUGCAGAAGCUAUGGUAUUUUGUAUAGAACAUGCUGAAGCAGCAGAGGAGAUUUGUGAUUGUAUUUCAGAAUCACUAUCAAUAUUACAAACUCCUGUAAAUAAAAAAAUUGCGAGAUUGUAUCUUAUAUCAGAUAUAUUACAUAAUUGUGGUGUUAAAGUAAAUAAUGCUACUAUUUAUCGAAAAGCGUUUGAAACCCGACUAUUGGAUAUAUUUAGCGAAGUUCAUCAAGCCUAUAAACAAUUUGAUAGUAGAUUAAAAGCAGAAGGAUUUAAAGUUCGUGUAAUGAGAAUGUUUAGAGCAUGGGAAGAUUGGGCAGUUUAUUCACGAGAUUUUCUUGUUAAAUUACAAAAUACUUUUCUUGGUCUUGUUUUGAUGGACGAACCCGAACCGGAAAAUGAUGAAGAUAUUGAUGGAGCACCUUUAUCGGAUGUGGACGGAGAUGGCGCAGAAGAUCUGGAUGGAGUACCAUUAGACGGUGCUGCUCUUCUUAAAGGUGCUAUGAAACAUGGUCUAACUCCACAAACGACAUCUAAUUACGAUGACAUUGAUGGCGUUCCUAUGGAUGAAGAUAUUGAUGGUGUUCCUAUGGAUGACGAAGACUCUUUAAACAUUCGAAAUAAAGAAGAUGAAAAGAAACCAUCAAUUCCUGCAGGUUUUGUUCCAUCUCGAUGGGAAACUGUAGAUCCUGAUCAGGUUGAAGCGCAAGCUAUGACAACUAGCAAGUGGGAAGAAUUAGGUCAAAAUGACGACUCGAAUUCUCAAGACACUAGUAUGGAUUCCAGUGGUCGAGAUUAUAACGAAGAAAGACGAAAUAGAUUGCGCGAAAUUGAAGUUAAAAUAAUGCAAUACCAAGAUGAAUUAGAAAGUGGUAGGAGGACAUUAAAAUCUGGUAUGACAAUUCAAGGUCAAGUGGAACAUUACAGAAAGAAACUUAUAAGAAAGAGCGAAAGAGAAAUGAAAGAUGCAAAAAGUGAAGAACGGGAUGAUGACAGACGAAGAGAAAAAAAACGAAGUACAACUCCAGAAUCUCCAAGUCAUUACAGAGAUCGACGACGGUCUUCAAGUCCAUCGUCUAAAAGUAACAGAUAUAGAUCUCGUAGUAGAUCACCACGUGGUAAACGUAGAUCAAGAUCACCAUAUAAGAAGCGAGUGCCAGUAACACCAUCGCCACCACGUAUUCGUCGGACACCCUCGCCUUCCUUUUCGUCUAGAGUGUCUCGUAGGUCUCCUGGUAAUGAACGGAACGAUAGAAAAAGAAGAGCUAGAUCACCAUCAUUAUCACCGCCACCUCCUCCACGUGCUUCAAAACAUAGAGCUAGUAGUCCACCGUCUCCAUCCCCACGUAAACAUAGACAUAAGCAUAAGUAUUAAGUUAUUUACGUUACAUUUCUUAUAUUGUUAUAUAACGAUAAAAUCCAUUAAUUCUGUAGUAUGUACAAAUUCAUACAAUUACAGAAUGAUAUUACUAUUAAUAAA